GAUCACUCUACAGCAGCGCACCGGCACAUCUGGAGGAUUCCCAACCUGCUGCACCUUCAGCAGACGAGCUGACGAAUUCCACCACCCGGGGGCAGAUAUUCUGAAGGAGAUCCUGCCCACAUAUGCGGAGGCAGCAAUGAACCGAUGAAGUGGCAGCGACAUCACUCUGAUACCUGUCCACUCUGUGAUCAACUCAUUGUGCUGAAUUAGCUUCCGUCGUCAUGGCGAAGAGCCCCGAGGUGAAACUGGCUGUUUUCGGGAGAGCUGGAGUGGGGAAAUCAGCCCUGGUUGUGAGGUUCCUGACCAAGCGCUUCAUCUGGGAGUAUGACCCUACACUGGAGUCCACAUACCGACAUCAAGCCAACAUUGAUGAUGAGUUGGUCAGCAUGGAAAUUCUGGACACAGCUGGACAGGAGGACCUGCUGCAGAAAGAAGGCCAUAUGCGCUGGGGCGAUGGCUUUGUCCUGGUGUACGACAUCACUGACCGUGGGAGCUUCGAGGAGGUGGCCCCACUGCGUGGUCUGCUGGAGGAGGUCAAGAGGCCCAAGCACGCGCCGCUGGUGCUGGUGGGCAACAAGGCGGACCUGGAGCACGCCCGGCAGGUGGCCACGGAGGAAGGCGAGCGGCUGGCAGCUGACAUGGCCUGUGCCUUCUAUGAGUGCUCAGCCUGUGCUGACCACGUAGGCACGGGCGGGGGUGUGGCAGAGGCCUUCUAUGAGCUGUGCCGCGAGGUGCGACGCCGUAGGGCUGUGCAAGGGAAGACCCGCCGCCGUAGCUCCACCACGCACGUAAAGCAGGCCAUCAACAAGAUGCUGACCAAGAUCAGCAGCUAGGGAGGGAUCGGAGAGCAAGAGUGCAAUGAGAAAAGAGAGGAUGAGGAGGUAGCACAUAAGGCAAGAGUGCCUAGAGUGAGGGGUUGAAGAAGUCAAGGAUACUGGGAAGCAGGAGAGCUUCAUCGCUUAGGCCAAGAAUCAGAAUCAUUCUGGAAGGACCGGUAUGCUUUUCCUGGACAGAUAGAAGAGAUUAUUAUGACUUUUUGCAGCUGGGAUUUCUGUCUGAUGAGAAAGUAGAAGAAAACGUUCCCUGCCUAAAAAGAUGAGUUGCGUAUGCUACACAAUGUGCUGUCUGUAUACCAUGGUCCAUUGUAAAGUGCAAAAGAAAUGAAAGACAGUAUGUUUAAUCGUUUCUGUGCCAUAGCUUGUUCAUAGAAGAAUGUUUUUCCUACGCUCCGAGGCCUUGCCAUGUAUAUUUGUUCUCUGAGCUGUAAUGAAGGAUUCAUUGAAACAUCAACAGAGUUAUCGGACUAGCAGAUCAGUACGCGGCCUGCAGGUUUCAUUCAGGAUUCAGCAUAUGUUGACCUGAGAGAGAUUCUUCUGAGCCUGGACACUGGUUGUCAAAUAAACCACCAUCCACCCUCAUAAUCAUAAAGUCCAUCGUGGCAUUUUUCACAUCAAACGGUGCGAGCCCCUGCGCCUCUCCUCUCCAAAAAGUCUUGGAAUGUCUCCAUGUGUUUGUUUCAACAUCACAGAAGAUUGUAUCUCUGAAAGUAGGAGGGGUUCUUCUCUGGAACCAAGCAAAGCCUGGAGGGGACCAAUGUUUUUAAACAGCCCUUCUGUUCUUAUCAGUUCCAUGUUACAACCAUCAUCAUUUAUCCAGAUGUUUCUUUCCUCUGACUGUUCUUUAUUUUCAUGGAGACAUAUAUAUACCUUUAAUAACGAAUGAUGUAAAUGCCUUAAUAUCUCAAAUGAAUGACUUAAUCAUCAAAAACUGUACAGUAAAUGUCAAUGAAACUAAGGCGGUAUUUGCCAUAUUAACAUGCUAGUGUGUUUUGGGCAAACACCAAAUUUUUAUAAGAAAUCAGUCUCAUAUUGUAAUAUAAUGAUCAGUCUGAGAUGACAGAACCCCCCUGUCCCUCUUGCUGUGCACUUGUAAUAAGGAUGUUAGAUAGGUAAAUAUGUAUAAAUGUUAUGGAAAGAAAAGAACCGUGUGCUUUCAUUUUCUCUUCCUCAUAUUGACACACUUUCUCAUGUAUGUUAUGAUCCAUCACCGGCAUGACUCUUCAGUCACAUUGUUUCUGAAGCAUCUAGCAGUUCAAAGGCACAGCGGCAUGGUUCGCUGCCCAAUCAUCUCACAGCACCAUCUGUUAUACUGAGGAGAUGGACAUUGAUCUGGCAAGAAUCUAAGCAUAACACCAGCCCAGUAUGCUCAAAGACACGGUCGAUAUCAGAGCAAGUUAAUUAAAGGAGCUUUUAACUUGGCAGUUACAGGAGUUCUUAACUUUGUCUUGUGUGUCUGCUGUGGAGAUGGAACUACGUUGGGAAAAACAAAGAUUCAAUGCUCUUAAUUCACUGUUAAUUAUUUGUUUAUGAUGGAGAGGCAUAAAAUAUUAGCAAAGAAACACUCAAUCCGUGUCUGCUAGCACACAAGCUAAUAACAUUAGCGUUAACUAACUGGCUAGUUAAUUUGAAAUUCAAAUGUGUGCGAUAAUUACAAAAAAUUAUAUCUCAAUAUUUUCUGAGAUUUAACAAUAUUUCGCAUCCUUCAAAAAUGUGUUUGUAAAAGUCUUAUAUUUUACCGGCUCACUCUUGUUAGUAGGAUAUUAAUUGUCACUUGCUAAUGUUAAUUUACUUAUUUAGUAAAAACAAUACAAAACCACUGAAAUGAUCAGUGCAAGUAUUGUUGAGGUCAAACAGUGCAAGUAUGUGUAAACCAUUUCAAAGUGGCUUACAGGAUUUACUUUGUAAAAAUGUUCACAAAGACCAACAAAAACUUAUAAGAAGAGCAUUUUAAACAGACACUUUUCCUUAAUAUAAACAAGAUGUAUCCAAGAAAAAUACUCAUCAUAAUUGAACUGCAGGGCAUGGACACUACAAUUUGGAUAAACAUUUAACUGCUCUGCUAUAAGGUGAAUAGUGCAGCAUACAAGCAAGAACACAAAUAAUAACAUAUUUCACAUAAGAACAGUUUUGCUUAUUGUCAUUGUUCCUUUUUGUAUUUCUAAACAUCCUAACAAACACAAGAUCCAUUUCACUUAAAUUGCGUUUCAUAGAGGCACCCAAAAACCAAUCAAAAACACACCUCGAGAGUCCAUGCAUUCACUGCAUCAUGUAGCUUAGCAGUAUGGACUGCUGCAUAUACACAUUGAGAGUGCAUGCAGUGUGCCAGUAUAGGCGCACAUGGUCACCACACGAGAGUCAGCUGUCCACAAUAGGCCUAAACCAGCGAAGGUACCAGCACAAAAACACACUCAGCAAACUUUUGCAGAAUCAUUCUGCAAAUAAAUGCCUUACUAAGCUACGUGACACAUUGUAUGUGUGGACUCAGGCAUAGUUUCGAUCGGUUAUUGCAAAGUGAGUGACUUGAUAAUGUCAGCUUGGACAUGCUUAAAACAACAAUUAAGAUAUCAAAGAAGAUACAUAUCACACACCUCUAACAACGACAAAAUUCUGCUUUGCAUCCUCACCUGGAAGAGAAUUAGCUAAACUUUGUUUCUAUAACAAUGCUAGAAAAAGCACAGACCAGCAUAGUUGGUCACCAGCAAAACCAGCAUAUGCAGGUAAGCUGGUCAGCAGCAAUGCAACCUGUUAUGCUGCAAAACCAACAUAUGUUGUGUUUUUGGAUGCUGGUUUGCAGUGAUGUUAAUGCACCCAUUAAAAGUAACAACCUUUUGUAAUUCUUAUGACAUUGCUAAAGUGUGUUUUCUGUUUUCUAUUUAGAACCAUUUAGAGUCCAAUAUAGAACAAUUUUAUGGUUAAAGGUUUCUUUGCAUGGUGAAAUGGUUCUUCAGAUUGAUUGUGAAUGUGUUGUACAUGGUUCUAUAUAGCACCAAAAUGGG